ACAAAUAUUUUCUUUAUUCAAAAUAUUUCAGAAGAAUGGGUCAACUUAGUUCCAGAUUGCCUGGUGCAGAUAAAAAUGCUAGAAGAGAAGCUUUGAAAACAUUUAAAGAUGAUCUGUAUACUGGAGCUCAAGUUCAAACAUCUCUGCUAUGUACACAAUGUGCUGACACACUAGAUAUAAGUCUUGAAUUUCUUCCUUUAUCUGAUCUUCUCGCGCUCUCCUGUACAUGUAAAACUUUGUACAUAGCAGUAUUAGCGUACAUAAAGCAUAUCUGCAAUAAAUCUGGAUUAGAGGAGGCCUACAGCAAGUUCUUGGAUAAAAACAAAGAACUUCUUACCCUUGUUGAGCAAGGUGCAGGUGUUCUAGGGGAACUUCAAGGUCUAGAUAUGGGUAAGAGCGUUGAAGAAUUAACAUCCAGUGAGAGAAGACAACUUUGGUUCCUGGCAAAAUGGAAAGAGUUCUACUAUCUAGAGACAAGAAGAAUCAGUGUCACAAAUGAAAGGCAUUGCAAAAUUUUAAGAUGUUAUAACGAUCCAGUGCUGAAACCCUUUAUAUGGUGCAUCCAGCAAUCACAAAUACAAAUAGUUGUUGAUUUUCCUCACAAGGGGACUCAUUUUAUACCGAUACAACAGGAACAAACUUAUCUUCAGUCAACUCAACAGCUCAAAACUAAAGAAGGAUAAUGAUAACUUUUUAUUAAAAAUAUUAAAGACCUUCUUACUUUUAAAAGGCUUUAC